AUGGAUCGAUUUCAACGAUUGCUCGGAUCAGCAGCUGGAUUUGGCCAGGCUCCACAACCUGGUGUUGAUCUAGACAUUGUCGACAAUGCCGAAACCGUACACAUUUCUUCCUUGGCGUUGCUCAAGAUGCUUAAACAUGGUCGUGCCGGUGUGCCUAUGGAAGUGAUGGGUCUUAUGCUUGGCGAGUUUGUUGACGAUUACACUGUACGCGUGGUGGAUGUCUUUGCUAUGCCCCAGAGUGGUACCGGUGUUUCGGUCGAAGCUGUUGAUCCUGUUUUCCAAACCAACAUGUUGGACAUGCUCAAGCAGACUGGCAGACCUGAAAUGGUUGUUGGUUGGUAUCAUUCACAUCCUGGUUUUGGUUGUUGGCUGUCAAGCGUAGAUGUCAAUACACAGCAGAGCUUUGAGCAAUUGAAUGCACGUGCUGUUGCCGUGGUGAUUGAUCCAAUCCAAUCUGUCAAGGGCAAGGUUGUCAUCGAUGCAUUCCGCACCAUCAAUCCCCAAACCGCCAUGCUCGGCCAAGAGGCUCGGCAAACUACAUCCAAUAUCGGCCAUCUGAACAAACCAUCGAUUCAGGCACUUAUCCACGGAUUGAAUCGACACUACUAUUCCCUAGCCAUCGACUAUCGCAAGAAUGAAUUGGAGGAAAAAAUGCUGCUUAACCUUAACAAGAAGAAUUGGACACAUGGAUUGACUCUGCAAAACUUUACUGAACAUUCCGAAGCAAAUGGAGAGGAUGCCAAAAAAAUGUUGGCUCUUGCUGAAGCAUACAACAAAUCUGUACAAGAAGAAUUGACCAUGACACCUGAACAGCUCAAGACCCGACAUGUUGGCAAACAAGAUCCAAAGCGGCAUUUGGAGGAUGCUGUCGAGAAGGUUAUGGGAGACAAUAUUGUAAUGGCAUUAGGAUCUAUGAUUGAUAGUGUCAGCUUUUAA